AGGAUACAGAGCAGUGUUUUACAAUUAGUGAAAAAGUGUCAAUUUGUGUUGUAUUUUUUUACAAAAAUGGUCAAAACUUUCACAAAUAUUUGGCUAGAUGUUGCCGAAACGUCGUUUCAACCAGUUAACUUGGUGUCAAGUACGGAUACCAUACACCAAUACUCCGAACCUCACAGGUCGGCAGAUGAGAUUUCGAUCAUCGCUAGUGUUCAGCGAAUGAUCGCCACAAUCCCUCACGACGAGGCAGAGGAGUUCAAAUCACCACCAGAGAGAUCUUUUUCCAACAUUUUUACGAACACCAAAUACUUCAAACCCGCUUUUAUGCACAUCCUGGAGCACUGCAUGACCGAGCUGUUGAUUAUUAUAGGUGUUAAUAAACCCCAAGUUGGAGAAAUCGAGACCACACCGGUCAUGUACAUACCCAUACAUUUGAGGUUCGAUUUAUCAGAAAAAAAUUACACGAACGUCGCACUUGACGGAAAAUAUACGAACAUGCACAAACUACAGAAGGAUGUCAAGGACGUCAUGUCAAUGAUCAACCAAGUGUACAACGAAAUGGAAAUUUUUUCUACGUGUACGGCCUUGGAAACUAUGGUCAACAUACAGCUGCAUAUGAAAGAUGACGAAGAACAUUUAAUGGCGCGUUAUCAAAUGUUGGACACCAUUUAUAAAAAUGUGCAAGCUGAGCUUAGGAAUUACGAGAAAAACGUGAGGAGGAAGAUAUUCAAGGAGUUGGAUGAUCUAGCAACGGAAGCCACCCAUGAUUUGAAAGACCUUUCCGAAUAUGUAAACGCGAAAACCGAGUAUGUUCAAAAAUGGCAACAGUCCAGAGAGGAACAAAACUUGAUGCGCCUCCAGGGCAGAGAAAACUUCCACAAAUCUACCACCGAGCAUUACGAACACGAAAAAUACUGCGAAUCGAUAAUACAUGACAGCGUAGCAAAAUAUUACAAUGAAGUGAAAGACGAUUAUUUUAAACAAAUAGAAGAUCUAAUGGCGGCGUACGACAAAGAUUUAGAAGAUAGAGAUAACACCAUCUAUCAGAUGAGACUGCAGUUAGAGAAAGUUCAAGAAGAAAAAAAUCGACAACAAAAAUUGUAUGAAGACAGGAAUAAAGCAAUGGAGGAAUGGAUAGAGUACAAACGAAAGAAACGGGAAAAGAUUGCAAGACAGUUCCUGAAAAACCGUGCCGCCACAAAGAUACAAAUUUGGUGGAGGCAAGUGAUGGUGACGAGGAAGUUGGGGCCGUAUAGGCCGAAGAAGGGUAAAAAGGGCGAUAAGAAAAAGAAGGCAGGGAAAAAUAAGAAAUAGGCGCAUCGGAGUGCAUAAGUGUAUUUUUUUUGUAUAUUUUUUAUUUAUUUUUAAUUUUAAUGUAUGUUUUCAAUAUAUACUUUUUGUUUGAAAAA